UACCACUAUAGUGAUAGAACUACCAAUACAUGAGCUACCUGAGUUUCUUCGUCGUCGUCUUCGCCGGGAAGGGGAGGAGGGCCACCGCAGGAACGACAGGAGUGAAGUCAUCUCGUAGGGAAGGUGAGGAGGGUCGUCGUCUUCUCCGCCGAUCCCUUUGUAGUGCCAAGCUUUGUGGAAGGAGAUGGAGAGUCGCGGCGGCAAGUCUGGUGUUACUCGGAGAACAUCGACAUCCAUCAUCUGAGACUUACCCCACGACCGAGGAUGGGGGAGAGUCGGAGGGAGAGGAUCUUGUUGGUGCGUCGGCAAUCAGAAACCAUGUACCGUGGUGGGAAAGAGGUGACGGCGGCGAGCAGGGGAAGAGGGAAAUCGAGGGAGAGAGAAGGAGAAAGGGAGAAAAAGUGGGAUUGAAUUUUGAAUUAGGGGCGUGAACCAUUUUUCCCUAGAUUCUUUCCAUUUUCCAAUAUAGUGAGAGAAACUUAUUGUGUAAUUAAUACCCAAUAAACAACUGAUUAAUCC